CGGUCGAAGGACUUAUUGUCCCCGCGUAGACUUACCGGUGGCCAUAAUCAUAUAGCUGGCCGGCUCCACCCUUUGAUUUCCCAACUCCCUUUCAAAACCCCAAAAAUAUCACUAAAUACUAAAAAAAAACUAAUUUCUAAGCCACCACCGUCAAAUUGAAAAUACAGAGAGGGAGAGAUAGAGAUGGCGAUCAUUUAUGCGGUAGUGGCGAGGGGAACGGUGGUGCUGUCUGAGUUCAGCGCGGUGACGGGAAACACAGGGGCGGUGGCGAGACGGAUCCUGGAGAAACUUCCAUCGGAAGCUGAUUCAAGGCUUUGCUUCUCGCAAGAUCGUUACAUAUUUCACAUACUAAGAUCCGAUGGCCUCACUUUUCUCUGUAUGGCAAACGACACCUUCGGCAGGAGGAUUCCGUUUACGUACUUAGAGGACAUUCACAUGAGGUUCAUGAAAAACUAUGGACGGGUUGCCCACUAUGCGCCAGCAUAUGCAAUGAAUGAUGAAUUCUCAAGGGUCCUGCAUCAGCAAAUGGAAUUCUUCUCCAGCAAUCCUAGUGCUGAUACUCUCAGUCGCGUAAGAGGUGAAGUUGGCGAGAUCCGUACAAUUAUGGUAGAAAACAUCGAGAAAAUACUUGAGAGAGGUGACCGAAUUGAGCUUCUUGUUGACAAAACGGCAACAAUGCAAGAUGGUGCAUUUCACUUCAAGAAACAGUCCAAGGGCCUUCGAAGAGCUCUCUGGAUGAAGAAUGCUAAGCUCUUGGCCCUGUUGACAUGCGUGAUUGUUUUGUUGCUGUACAUAAUAAUUGCUGCUUGUUGUGGAGGCAUCACUCUACCUUCAUGCAGAUCUUGAGUCUCUGCUUUAUCGGUGCUGAAUUUCUGCUGAGGUAUGCUCAAAGAUCUGCGACAUCCAUAUAUGCAUAUUUCAUUCAAGGGGAGCUCCACUGGACUAUGAAAUUUUGACAUGUAUGUGGAAUCUAAACCUUCCCCAAGUGCCAGAAAUAGCACCAUAGAUUCCUACGCUGUUAUUGCAUGCGGUGUAUGUGAUAUUUAUUACAGAAAAGCCUCAUUUCUUGUUUUUUGUUGUUACUGGUCAUCUGUGAAUACACUGCAAAUUCCUUGAUUCUUGCUAUUGUGUAAUAUAGUGUUGAGUUUCAGAUUCA